AUGCGUGGCCCGUGCACUAGUCCGCGCACGGCGCUGCUCGUGGCGCUCGCUGCGUCAGCGCUUGUGGCCUCCACGAAGGGCUUCUCGCUGCCCGGCGUGCAGAUGGUGACGUACCGGAAAGGCGAGACGCUGCCGAUCUUUGUCAACAGCCUCACGUCGACCGAGACGUUGCUGCCUCUGGACUAUUACUCACUGCCCUUUUGUCAGCCCGACAAGAUCGAGUACAAAUCGGAAAACUUGGGCGAGUACCUAACGGCCAAUCGCAUUGAGAACUCUCCGUACGAGAUCAAGUUCCUCGAAGACCAGGAAUGCGCCGUGCUGUGCAAACAAGAGUACGACGAGGAGGCCAUUGCCGUGUGGGAAGACAAGAUCAAGAACGCGUACCGGGUCAACUGGAUCUUGGACAAUUUGCCAGCCACAUCCGUGUCGCUGGACGGGGGGCUGGCGGUGGGGUUUCCAUUGGGCAGCUUCAACGCUGAGGUGGAAGUGGUGCCGCAGCUGCACAACCACAUGAAGAUCAUUAUUGGCUACAACAACAACCCGUUGAACGCUGGUGAGUCUUCAGAAGAUGAAGGACGCAUUGUGGACUUUCAGAUUGUCCCGUACAGCUUCGAGUACGCGCACAGCAGCUUUGAUGAGAAGAAGAACCGAAUGGCCUCGUGCGAGCACUCUGGUGGACUCAAGCGCUCAUUGUACGUGCGCAAGAACAAGGACGGCAAGAUGCCCGUGUUCUGGACGUACUCGGUGGAAUGGGUGCUCGACAAUGAACACGACUGGCGCACGCGGUGGGACGUGUACUUUGACGCUGGCUCGGGCGGUAAUGAGGUGCACUGGUUCUCUGUCAUCAACGCCCUCGUGAUUGUGCUCUUCCUGAGCGGAAUGGUGGGCAUGAUCCUCAUGCGUAGCCUUCAUCGCGACAUCAAUCGGUACAAUCGUGUACCUACGGAAGAGGAACGCGCCGAAGAGCGUGAGGAAUCCGGCUGGAAGCUCGUGCACGCAGACGUGUUUCGUCCUCCGUCGAAGCACCCGAUGCUUUUUUGCGUCAUGGUGGGCACGGGUUGCCAGUUGCUUGGCAUGGCACUUGUCACUUUAUUCUUUGCUGCUGUGGGUGUCUUGGCGCCUUCGAAUCGUGGUAAGCUGGUGAUCGCACUACUGGUGUGCUUUGUGCUGUUGGGCGUGUUAGCAGGGUACACUUCGGCUCGUACGUACAAGAUGUUCAAGGGCAAGCGCUGGCAGAUGUGCACGGUGCUGACGGCUGUAGUCUUCCCCGGCAUCCUGUUCUCGCUAUUCUUCUUUCUGAACCUAUUCGUGUGGGGCGCUGGCUCGGACGCCGCUGUGCCGUUUGGCUCGAUCUUGCUGGUCUUUUUUCUGUGGACCGGCAUCUCCGUGCCACUCGUGUUCGCAGGAGCCUACUUUGGCUUUAAGACUGCGCCCAUUACGUUUCCUGUGGCAACAAGCAACAUCCCGCGUCCAAUACCUCCUCAGCCGUCGUACAUGACGCACAUGUCGGCGGCGGCCGUGGGGGGUAUACUGCCGUUUGGCGCCAUCUUUGUGGAGCUUUUCUUCGUGUUGUCGUCUCUAUGGACGGACAAGUACUACUACGUGUUUGGGUUCCUGCUGUUGGCGUUUGUGAUUCUCAUCAACACGUGCGCCGAGAUCACCAUUGUGCUCACCUACUUCCAGCUGUGCGCCGAAGACUACAACUGGUGGUGGCGGUCAUUCUUCGUGUCAGGCGCUUGUGGUGGCUACGUGUUUCUCUACUCGACGUACUAUUUCUGGACGCGUCUUGACGUGGCAAACGUUAUCGGUGCCAUGCUCUACUUUGGCUACAUGGCGGCCAUAUCUGCUGCUCUGUCACUGCUGACGGGAGCUGUGGGCGUUGGUGCCUCGCUGUGGUUUACGCGCAAGAUCUACGCGUCCAUCAAGGUCGACUAG